AUGUCAGUUGGAAUACCAGAGGUCAACUUCAAAAGGCUUGAGGAUAUAAGGAGAAGUUUAGAUAACAAUAGUAUCAAGGGCUCCUGUUACUCAUCUUCAAACCAUGAAGCAGAGACUAGAAGAUGCAAAUCAAGGCUUCCCAAUAUCUGUAGUCACUACGAUUCAUGUACUAAUAAUCAUCGCCAUACAAAGUCUAAUUAUAAUGAAUUAUAUAAUGAAUUACAAGCUCAGAGAAGAAUGUGUUCAUGCCAAAAGCUAAUGUCAGAGAGUUGUACCAUCUCCAGUGUAAAUCAAAGUAGCGGUUUUGAUAGUAUUAAUGAAAGAUACGAUAAAGAAUACAGUUUUCCAUGCUGUAAUAUAUCUAGGGAAUUUAAAACUGGUCACAGUAGUUACCCAGAGCAUAGCUUAUCUUACAGACCUUUAUCUUCAGAUCCAUAUAAUAGUCAUUUUGAGGAUGAUUACUAUAGUAAUAUGAUGAAUUGCAGGAAUAAUAGAGAAAUUAAUGAAAGAUGUUGUAAUGAUCACUUAAAUAGAAGUAUUGUGACUCACCCCUCUUAUAGGCACUUCACUAGUUUGUCGCCUCCUAAAGAUUAUAAUGUCUAUAAUGAUAUAGAUUGUUGUCAUCUACAAGGUAAUUCUAUUUUAAAUAAAUCAAAUAAUUCUAUAAAUCAAGGUAGAUCACCAAGAUCAGCUCGGCCUAUAACUCCAACAAUUAAUAGAAAUAAUCGGAGGAUUAUUAUGCUUGCACUAAACUGGAUAAGCUUAUCUGGUGAACAUAACAAGGCAGUUCGAAGAUUUGUAUCUGAAUCAAUAAAUUCAGAACAACUUAUUAAUAUACCACACUUUGUGAUAUUAUUCCACUAUGAUGAUCAUAAGGGAAUUCGUGGUAUUUACACAUUCAACAAAUAUAACAAAGUUUGGCAUUGUGUAAUUGAAAUUUCACCCUAUUGCCCCCCAAUUAUAGAGCCAUAUAUGAUACAAAACUUAUAUAGGUUUGACACAUGUCAUAAGACGUUUAAGCAACUUAAACUAUCCAAAAUGAUUACUGAUAUUGUUGAUGGAGUUAGUUUAAAACCAGAAUAUCUCAACAAGAAAACCCAGAUAUACUGUAAUGAGUAG